ACCGGUAUACCGGACCUGUCCUUACUCAAUGCAAGUCAAGAAAAUCUUCUCAAACCUUCGAGCCGACGUGGUAACGAUCACAAAGUUGGGAAAGCUUGUCGAGCGCAACAGGAGCCACAGACAUGGGCAACUUCCUCGCCACGCCGAUCACCGACAAGGAUACUGAUGGAGGCGAGGGAAACGGCCUCUCGUUCGGCUUGGCCACCAUGCAGGGCUGGCGCACGGGUAUGGAGGACGCGCACGUGGCUCAGAUCAACCCUGAAGGGCUGCCCCAGGGCUGCUCGCUCUUCGCAGUGUUCGACGGCCACGGUGGACGUCUAGCGGCGGAUCUGGCAGCCGAGGGGAUUGCGAAAGAGUUGUCUGCUACUAUGAAAAACGGCGUGUUCCCGAACGGCAAGGCUGAUGACGCCGACCCUGCCAAGAUCGGCAAAGCAAUGCGCGACGCCUUUAUGAACCUGGACCAGAAUAUCCGCAAAACGUUCGAUGAGAGCUACGGCUCGGACCAAAGCGGCUGCACCGCUAUCGCUGCUCUUGUUACCCCCACACACAUCAUCGUGGCCAACUCGGGCGACUCACGCAGCGUCAUGGCCAAGAACGGCCGCACAGUCGAGAUGUCCUUUGACCACAAGCCCAUCAAUGCGGGAGAACGCAAACGUAUCCAGGACGCUGGUGGGCUGGUGCGCAGCAACCGCGUGAAUGGAGAUCUGGCGGUGUCGCGAGCUCUUGGCGACUUUUCCUACAAGGCUCGCGCGGAUUUACCGGCGGAGCAGCAGCAGGUGUCUGCGGAACCAGAUAUUGAAGUGCAGAAGAUUGACAAGACGGAGGAGUUUUUGGUGCUCGCGUGUGACGGAAUCUGGGACGUCAUGAGCAACGACGAACUCUGCGCUUACAUCCGUCAGCUUAUGAACAACGGCGAGUCUGACUUGAAGUUAAUAGCGGAAGAGGUCCUGGACAACUGCCUUCGUGCAGGAAGCCGUGACAAUAUGAGCGUUGUGAUUGUCAAAUUCCCUGGUGCAAAGCUCGGCUCGGGCGGCGGCGUGGCCAAGAUCCGCGAGGAGCGUGCUCGCUUGGAGAAGGCUGAGCAGGAGACCAAUGCUGAACUCGACAAUGACGAUAAUGGAGUUGCAGGUGCCCUUCCAGCGUCCAAGUCCUCGUAGUUAUGCAGCGCAGGUAAAGAAAACAGGUUGAGUGGAGACGUGGGGUGCGUGUCCAUCAGUUCCUAUGCUUCUUCACGGCUAGCUUAGCUUUCGGUGUUUCCCACCCUUCGUCUAUCAAGAUCAAUGACAAGAACUAAUCAGUUUUCCGUGCCAUUGAAUCAGAAUUUACAUUGUCCUUGUUGCCGCGGUAGCAGCAUGAUAAAGGAAAUCACGAAAAAUGGUUUUGCAAAAGUCAACAGUGCUGUUAUGUACGUACUUGAACGUGA